CUCACUGCCCUGCUCAAUCUAGUGGUUCUGCUGGACACCACAACAGUGCUAGGAGAACUGGACUGGAGGACCUUUCCGGUCAAUGGGUGGGACGCUAUCACCGAGAUGGAUGAGCAGAACCGGCCCAUCCACACCUUUCAGGUAUGCCACGUGAUGGAACCAAACCAGAACAACUGGCUACGCUCAGGAUGGAUACAGCGACAGGCUGCUCAGAAGGUAUAUGUGGAGCUGCGUUUUACACUGAGAGACUGCAAUUCAAUUCCUUGGGUGUCAGGCACUUGCAAGGAAACCUUCAACCUCUUCUACCUGCAGACCGAUGAACCUCUACCCUUGGGAACACGCUUCCGCUCCUCUGACUAUGCCAAGGUGGAUACCAUUGCAGCUGAUGAGAGUUUUACACAGACGGACCUUGGUGACCGUGUUCUACGCCUCAACACUGAGGUCAGGGAGGUGGGACCAGUCACCCGGAAGGGCUUCUACCUGGCAUUCCAGGAUGUGGGAGCUUGCAUUGCUCUGGUGUCUGUAAAGGUAUUCUACAAGCGCUGUCCGUCAACUUUGCGGAACCUGGCGGCAUUCCCCGACACCGUGCCGCGCCUGGACUCUUCCUCCCUGGUAGAGGUGCGAGGUGCGUGUGUUGAAAAUGCAGAGGAGCGGGACACGCCCAAAUUGUACUGUGGUGCCGAUGGAGACUGGUUGGUACCUCUGGGUCGCUGCGUGUGUAGUAUUGGGCACGAGGAGAUGGAUGGUUACUGCCAAGCAUGUCAACCAGGCUUCUACAAGGCGUAUGCUGGAAACAUCAAAUGCUCCAAAUGCCCGCUGCACAGCUCCAGCCAUGACCAGGCAGCCACCAUCUGCCACUGUGACAAGGGCUACUACCGAGCUAUCAAAGACCCCUCCAACAUGGCUUGCACAAGACCCCCAUCGGCUCCCAGGAACCUGAUCUCGGUGGUCAAUGACACAGCUCUCUUCUUACAGUGGACCCCUCCCAGUGACACUGGAGGCAGGAAGGACCUCACUUACAACAUCCUGUGUCAGCGCUGUGACAGUAAUAAUGAGGAUGGCGGCGCACCGCAGUGUGAGCCGUGUGAAUCCGACCUGCGGUUUAUUCCUCGGCCCCUCGGGCUGUCGGGUACCUCGGUGGCAGUGCUCGAUUUCGCAAUGCACACCAACUACACCUUCCACGUGGAGGCAGUGAAUGGCGUCUCGGGGCUGGGCAUAGCUGCACGCUCACUGGCAAAUGUAACCAUCACUACACACCAAACUGGUAAGAUACCUCCAGGUCCUUCUCUGAUAGGUGUGGUGCGAAAGGACUGGGCCACUCACAACAGCAUCGCCCUCUCCUGGACCGAGGUGGAACAGCCACCCUCAGACAUAGUGGACUACGAGGUCAAAUACUAUGAGAAGGAGCAAGAGCAGCUAAGCUACUCAUCGACGCGGACCAAAGCCCCGAGCGUGGUGGUAUCGGGCCUCAGGCCCUCCACCCUCUACGUCUUCCACGUCCGCGCUCGGACUGUUGCCGGACACACAGCGUACAGUCCCAAGUUUGAGUUUGAAACCGCAGAUGAGGAUCCUGACAUGGCCGAUCAUGGCCAGGUUCUGGUGGUUGUCACCGCAUCCGUCGGCGGCUUCUCCUUGUUGGUCAUCCUCACGCUCUUCCUCCUCAUCACCGGACGGUGUCAGGGAUACAUCAAGGCCAGGAUGAAGUCCGAAGAGAAGAGGACUCGUUUCCAGAGCGGACACGUUCCAUUCUCUGGCAUAAAGACCUACGUGGACCCAGACACCUAUGAGGACCCCACACAGGCUGUCCAGGAGUUCACCAAGGAGAUCGAUCCAUCACGUAUAUGCAUUGAAAGAGUGAUCGGAGCAGGAGAAUUUGGGGAGGUGUGCAGUGGUCUUUUGCGUACACCAGGAAAGGCUGACAUUGCUGUGGCAAUAAAAACUCUGAAAGGUGGCUACAUGGAGCAACAGAGGCGGGACUUCCUGCGGGAGGCGUCAAUCAUGGGACAGUUCAACAAUCCCAACAUCAUCAGGCUCGAAGGAGUGGUCACUAAAAGCAGACCGGUGAUGAUAGUGGUGGAGUAUAUGGAGAAUGGAGCCCUGGAUUCUUUUCUCCGAGCUCACGAUGGCCAGUUCACGGCGAUCCAGCUAGUCGGCAUGCUGCGUGGCAUUGCAGUGGGCAUGACCUACCUAGCAGAUAUAGGUUACAUUCACAGAGACCUUGCCGCUCGCAAUAUUUUGGUGGAUGAGAGCCUGAUCUGUAAGGUGUCUGAUUUUGGCAUGUCCAGAGUUCUAGAGGAUGACCCUGAAGCCGCAUACACCACUACCGGGGGGAAGAUACCAAUUCGCUGGACGGCACCGGAAGCCAUUACUUAUGGCAAGUUUUCCUCAGCAAGUGAUGUUUGGAGCUAUGGCAUUGCCAUGUGGGAAGUGAUGUCAUAUGGCGAGAGGCCCUACUGGGAGAUGUCCAAUCAAGAUGUGAUACUGUCCAUUGAAGAGGGGUACCGUCUACCGGCACCAAUGGGCUGCCCUGUGGCGCUGCACCAACUGAUGAUGCACUGCUGGCAGAAGGAACGUGUCCAGCGCCCCAACUUCAGUGAAAUUCUUACUUUCCUGGACAAGCUCAUACGCAACCCCAGUAGUCUGCUCACAGUAGUGAACAAUGUACACAGUUACCCUGAAUCCCCAGAGGACAUGCCAGACUACCCUCUUUUCAUCUCAAUCGGCGAUUGGCUUGACUCUAUCAAAAUGAGCCAAUACAAGAACAAUUUCCUGGCAGCAGGCUACACAACACUGGAUUCUAUAUCGACCAUGAGUAUAGAUGACAUCAGGCGUAUCGGGGUGUGCCUCAUCGGCCAUCAGAGGAGAAUCAUUAGCAGCAUACAAUCUCUCCGACUGCAACUUCACCACAUCCAACAGAGCGGCUUUCAAGUCUGA